AUGGCUCCAACCUGCACCAGAGACUCUGCUGUUUCACUGCUCUCAGCCAAAGACAAACACAAACUGAGGAAACCUGCUGUGGAGAAGAUGCGCAGAGACCGCAUCAACAGCUGCAUCGAGCAGCUCAAAGUCCUGCUGGAGAAGGAGUUCCACAAACAAGAUCCCAAUGCUAAACUGGAGAAGGCAGACGUCCUGGAGAUGACUGUGAUCUUUCUGAGGCAGCAGCUGCAGACUCCCACCUCUCACACUGCUCACAUGGAGGGCUACUCUCAGUGCUGGAAAGAGACCAUGCACUUCCUGUCCUCCUCCUCCAUCAAGGACAUGUCUCUGUGUCAGCUGCAGCUACACUCUCCUCACUCAGCGUCCCAGGACCUGUGCUCCCAGCUGCAGAGUGCAGAGAAGCCCUCUGCUGCCUCCAAGUCCGUGUGGAGGCCCUGGUAG